GCGGCGCCCGGACCCGGCUCCCUCCGCGCGUCCCGACCACAGCGGCGCCCCGCAGGGCGGCGGGCGAGUGCCCGGGAGAUGCGGAGCCGCGGCGGCGGCGCGACCCGCGCGACUGGAGCGGCCCCGGCGAGACUAUAGCCUUCAUUUUCCCUUGGUCUGCCAUGGAGCCCCUGUGCCCCCUGCUACUGGCGGGAUUUAGCGUGCCGCUUGCCAGAGCGCUCAAGGGCAACGGGACCACCGCGCCAGAGGACAACGGGACUGCGACCUCAGGCCCUCCAGAGCCGCCCGACCCCGGCGCCCCCCAGCCGCUGCUGGCCUGGCUGCUGCUGCCCCUGCUGCUGCUGCUGCUUCUGCUGCUGCUCGCCGCCUACUUCUUCAGGUUCAGGAAGCAAAGGAAAGCCGUGGUCAGCGCUGACAAAAUGCCCAACGGGAUCUUAGAAGAGCAAGAGCAGCAGAGAGUGAUGCUGCUCAGCAGAUCCCCCUCGGGACCCAAGAAGUACUUCCCCAUCCCCGUGGCGCACCUGGAGGAGGAGAUCCGGGUCCGCUCCGCCGACGACUGCAAGCGCUUUCGGGAGGAGUUUAACUCAUUGCCAUCUGGACACGUACAAGGAACUUUUGAACUGGCAAAUAGAGAAGAAAACAGAGAAAAAAACAGAUAUCCCAACAUCCUUCCCAAUGAUCACUUUAGGGUGAUUUUGACCCAAGGGGAUGGAAACCCCGGCUCAGACUACGUCAACGCUUCCUACAUCGAUGGUUACAAAGAAAAGAAUAAAUUUAUAGCAGCUCAAGGCCCCAAGCAGGAAACAGUGAAUGACUUCUGGAGAAUGAUCUGGGAACAAAAGUCUGCAACCAUUGUGAUGUUAACGAACCUGAAGGAGAGAAAAGAGGAAAAGUGCUACCAGUACUGGCCCGACCAGGGCUGCUGGACCUACGGGGACCUCCGCGUGUGUGUGGAGGACUGCGUGGUGCUGGUGGACUACACCAUCCGCAAGUUCUGCAUCCAGUCCCUCCCUGGUGGCUGCAAAGCUCCACGGCUGGUCUCGCAGCUGCACUUCACCAGCUGGCCCGACUUUGGAGUGCCUUUCACCCCCAUCGGGAUGCUGAAGUUCCUGAAAAAAGUGAGGACGCUCAACCCCACGCACGCCGGGCCCAUCGUGGUCCACUGUAGCGCGGGCGUGGGCCGGACGGGCACCUUCAUCGUCAUCGACGCCAUGAUGGACAUGAUGCAGGCCGAGCAGAAGGUCGACGUCUUUGAGUUCGUUUCCCGAAUCCGCAACCAGCGCCCUCAGAUGGUCCAAACGGACAUGCAGUACACGUUCAUCUACCAAGCCUUACUCGAGUACUACCUCUACGGGGACACGGAGCUGGACGUGUCCUCGCUGGAAAAGCACCUGCAGGCUCUGCACACCACCACUCCCCACCUGGACAAAAUCGGGCUGGAGGAGGAGUUCCGGAAGUUGACGAACGUCCGCAUCAUGAAGGAGAAUAUGAGGACGGGCAACUUGCCAGCCAACAUGAAGAAGGCGCGUGUCAUCCAGAUCAUCCCCUAUGACUUCAAUCGCGUGAUCCUCUCCAUGAAGCGGGGGCAGGAGUUCACCGACUACAUCAACGCAUCCUUCAUCGAUGGCUACCGACAGAAGGACUACUUCAUUGCCACCCAGGGGCCCCUGCCACACACCGUGGAGGACUUCUGGAGGAUGGUCUGGGAGUGGAAGUGCCACACGAUCGUGAUGCUGACCGAGGUCCAGGAGAGAGAGCAGGAUAAGUGCUGCCAGUAUUGGCCAGCAGAAGGCUCAGUUACUCAUGGAGAAAUAACAAUCGAGAUAAAGAGUGACACCCUUUCGGAGGCCAUCAGUAUACGCGACUUCCUGGUCACUUUCAGUCAGCCGCUGGCCCGCCAGGAGGCACAGACCCGCGUGGUGCGCCAGUUCCACUUCCACGGCUGGCCGGAGGUCGGGAUUCCUGCCGAGGGCAAAGGCAUGAUCGACCUCAUCGCGGCCGUCCAGAAGCAGCAGCAGCAGACGGGCAACCACCCCAUCACCGUGCACUGCAGCGCUGGAGCUGGGCGGACAGGCACGUUCAUAGCACUCAGCAACAUUCUGGAACGAGUAAAAGCCGAGGGACUUUUAGAUGUGUUUCAAGCUGUGAAGAGUUUACGACUUCAGAGACCACAUAUGGUACAAACCCUGGAACAGUAUGAAUUCUGCUACAAAGUGGUACAAGAUUUUAUUGAUAUAUUUUCAGAUUAUGCUAAUUUCAAAUGAAGAUUCCUGCCUUAAAAUAUUUUUUAAUUUAAUGGUCAGUAUAUUUGUAAAAAUCAUGUUAAUUUAUUUCAUAGUUGACAUUAAUAUUCAACCUAAUUUCUUUGUAUAUAUUUUGUUAUGCUUUAAAGGCCACCUGCUAUAAAACCAUUAAAUCUUAAAUGCCCUUUUUAAAAGUUAGGAUAAUGUACUAAGAUCAAAUAAUACCCCAUAAAAUAUGUAUUUCUGCUUAUAUUAGUAAAUAUGUUAAUUUCUCAUUAGAUUCAUUUCAUGUAAUUUCACAUGUUCAGCACCUGUAAAAGUUGUAAAUCUUAAUAUGCCAAGUGUGCUUAUACCAGACACUAAACACAAAGUUGGUUAUGAAGAAAACAGUUGAGGACUCAGAAUUCAGUUGAAAAAGUUGAAAAUUCACUUUCCUAACUGAUUUUGCAACCCUGCGCAGCAGCUAUUUUUUGAAGGCAAACUGUUUGUGGAGAUGCAGUGUAAACAGGGAAUUUUCUAGGGUCCUCGGUUUCAGCUGACAUGGUUUAUUUUUACAUUUUAAACAUCAAAUAGGACUUUACGACCUGAAUCCAGGUCAAAAACCCAUUAGAGUAGUUUGUGGCUCCACAGUAAGAUUUUUAAAUGUAUUUAUUCAAGGUCACGUCUGUGAAAUCUCAGCUAGAUUAGGAGAGCCCUAAGUGUCAGGCGUUCUGGUUUGCCCAUGGCCUCGGGGACAGCAAAGCCAAGCACCGAUGCUGUGCUCCCGAAGCACCACUUGCUGCCGUCUGUCUGUCUGUCUGACUCAGAUAACCUGAGAAUCAAGCCGGCUGAUUUUCUCAGAAUCCCCUCCCAUUCUGCCUCCGCUGCCUGUGCUGGUCCUGAGCUAUGCCUGGAAGCUCAGCCAGAAACCAUCUCCCAUCCCAAACGUGCAAAAUGCACCGACGUCUUAUCCGCACAAAUGCGAGGAGCACACAUUCGGGCACAAACAGCAGGAUAACCAUAAGCGACUAUACUUUAAAUUUUCUGAGAAGCAUUUUGGUAUUUAAAAGUCUCUUGUAAAAAGCUAAGAUAGUUUGUAAGGAAAAAAAAAUCUAUUUAGAUUUUUACAGUUUUUUAAAAAUCCCACCCCUCAAUAUUUAGUAAAAGAAAACAGAAAGAAAAAUCCUUACCCUAAAGUCUAACUUAUUUUUAGAUGCAAAUACUACUGACAACUUUGGACACUGGAUAAUCCCUGCCAGCUAGGAUUAGUGUAUAGGGGGAAAAAAUGAAUGCAGAUAUAUUUAAUUAAAUAACAGUUAUCAUACUAUAGAUAUUAGGUACCUAGCAGAUGAACACAAUGCAAAAAAAAAAGAAGACACCUGUUCUAACUUACGAAAAACAUUUAGCAUGUGCAAGUUUUUCGGUACAUGUUUUGCUUUUCAAAAGAGAAACAAAGGCCUUAUUCAACUUUUCCAUCGAUAACUGAUUGCACCUUCCUGAUACACUGUUUAUCCUCUCUUGAUUUAUAGUGUGCACAAAUGCAACCCAAAGGGUAGAUUGAUUUUAUAAUAGGAUCACAGGUAAUCAAGGUCUGGCUACUCCUUCCAAGCCCCAGGGAGGAUCGCUGUCCUCACCAUCACCCCAGCUGCUUCCCUGGGCUUCACACAGCUGAAUGCACCCCCUCUCUUCUCUAUACAACGAUUACGCAUUUAGAUCCAAGAGGAAAGUUGUUCGUUGUUAAAAUCCCAGUCACACAAGCUUUGCUUUGACUAAAGGAGAAGAGAAGGAAAUGAGCUUUCAUUCAGCACAGGAAGGCUGGAAACAGAGCCGGCUUGUUCUGAUGACGUUGGCGUUACACUGGUCAUUUACUUGAGAGUUCAAAGUCAAAUUCGAGGGGCAAGGAUUUGGGUCCAAAUUUAGGAGCCCUUCCUCGGACUCCUUUAGGCCCUUUAGUGGUCUAACUGACACCUCUUGUAUCAAGAAGUAUGCUCAAGGUAGACCUCCUCAGGGGUGCCCUCAGGCAAGUGCCCCAGGUGUAGGCUUUCUCUGACUUAACCCACCCCCAGGUGCUCCCAGCAGGUGUCCUGGAACUCAGCUCUGCCCGCUGCCAACCCUUCCUGGUCUGGAAGCAAAGCAGAACCACUGACCUUGGCAGAGGACUGAUCCUCCCUGUUGGAGGCAGCACUUCCCCUCCUGGGGGCCUGGUUCUGGUGGGCUGCUUGUCCCUGCCCAGGCUGCCCCAGCUCAGCCUCUGCUGGUGCAAGAGCAGCUGCGUGUCGCGGCAAUAACCCGGCAGCUCAGCGUCUCCUCUGUGCAACCUGGAAAGUUCAUCUGUCCUUCCCCUUCGGUCAAAGAAGGCCCAUUGUACAUAACAAAACAGCCCAAGGCUGACGACAUCCUUUUUCCUUUCACGUUUUUCUGUGUCGCAUGCAGUUGCAUUAAAAUGCCAAAUAGCGAUUAGAAGACGACCGUUCUGAUCUGUAUGCUUUAUCGGUCACCAUGUGACUUGUUUCACUGUUUUCUUCCAUGUGCUGUGCGAAUGAAGAGUGCACACCACUGUUUUCAACGGUAUUUUUAUGUGUUUUUAAAAACUUUUUAAAAUGAGCCUGACACCUGCGUUUCAGCAUUUGGAUAUCUGUCCAUGUUAUUUUUUUAAAUGUAUGAUUAACUGAUACUUUUCUUGUUUGUUUAACUAAGUUGCCUUUAAUUUAUGUGCAAUUUUAUAAUGUAUGUAUUUAUUAUAGUUUCAACUCUCAUAUUUUCUCUUAUUACAUUUAUAAUUUGGUCUUGCUCUGAUUAAAAAGCCAGUGAAUGUUGCUGAAUUCUUUGUAUAUGCAAAUUGCAAGAUCUAAUACAUUCUGAUGCAAGGAUAAAUCUUUACUUUGA